CAGGCGAUGCCAAUCUGCUUCAAGCUCAGCAUCCUUUCGAUGUUAUCUCGUAUAGCAGCGCCGUUGUAGUCAGUGGCCGUGUUUUGUCAGAAGUCAUACUUUAUCACAAUCUCAAUCUGUGAGCAUAAAGUGUGUAUCUAGCGCAGAGGUCGCUGUCGCUACAGGUGGAUCCACCUGCAUUGGGUCAAUGAACAGAAAAUGUAGGUCGACGGAUGGUUCAGGGAUGAGACAACAGGGUAGAGCAAUAGGACGAGGGUCGAGAAGUGUGAAUAAGCAAGCACUCCGGCAGGGCCGACGGAACUCGCGUGAUGGUACUCGAGUACCUGCUAUGACAGCCACGAGUAGUGCAGGAGGAUGGAUUGCGAAUAUUGCAAGCAACGCCCAACGGUGUGUCGUCGGUAUGCAUGGUCCACGCGAGCAGCCAUGUCGGGCAGGAGGGACCGUUGUCAGGGCUUUCACGCGCUACCGCAAAGGUCCGAAGCAGUCGAGGAGUCGCAUCUCUCGCAUGGCCAGAAUUAUACGCCUCAGACAUGAUUGAUCGACAUUCGCGUAAUACUGCGCCCACGUGGAACCUGUACAUAUUGGGCAAGUCGAGGUUUCUCGUUGUAUAGCCUGGGCGAGAAGAUACAAGUUCACCAGUCGAUAGCGAGACAAGAAGGG